UUCAUUGCUCUUAAAGCUGUCAUUGCCACCGAAUUUAACUGAGCUUAAAUAAGAAAUUUUUACCGUAUUUUUCAUUAUUCGAAUAUAAAUGAAUAAGUUCAAAAUUAAGCUAUGUAUAAAUUUGACAACGACAUGUAUCUUGAAAAUUUACCUGUAUUGGUGUACAAAAAGCUUUUUACUGAAUUGAAUAAACAUAACCGUUGGAAUCAAUUAGCUGAAUAUAUUUGUGACAAACUCGGAUUUGCAAAUGCUUCGUGGAUUAAAUACUUAAAUAACGAUGAAUCAAAUGGUACAAAAAAAACUCCAGGAGAAAAUUUAUUAGAUCAACUUAAUAUGAGAAUGUGUACUGUAGAAAUUCUUGGUCAUUUACUCAAAGACUCCGAACUUUUAGAUGCUCUUUCGAUAAUUCAUCAACCUGAACCAUUGAUUAUUAUACAGCAUCCUAACAAUCAAGUGUUAGAAAAAGAAAUAGCCUUAAAUGAUAUAUUAAUUUUAGAAUGUAAAGCAAUAGGAUUACCACCACCAACCUACACUUGGUACCACAAUGACACUAUUCUCAAAAUUCAAGGAAAUGCCUUGAAAAUUUUAAUUGAUAAUAUUAAUCAAGAAGGAGAGUAUAAAUGUCAUGUGAAACAAAUAGAUUCUGAUGAUAAUGUUUUAGAUCAGUUAUUCUCCAAUUCUGUACAUUUGAAAAUUCAACCUACUCCAGUGGUAAUAAAAAGUCAGCCACAACCAUUUAUUGCAAUCAAAGAGAAUGAAACUCUUACUUUAACUUGUAAAGCUUAUUCUCAUCCAAACCCAAAGUAUCAAUGGUAUAAAAAUAAUAUUAAAUUAGAUGAUCAACAAUCUGAAAAAUUGGAAAUAAAAAAAUUUUCUUGUAAACAUGAGGGUAAAUAUUAUUGUUACGUUUCGAACGGAAUAAAUGAAACUAUAAGUGAAAAAAGUACCGUAAUAAUUGAUUUACCUCGAGAAAAAGCUGUGGCAAAAAUUGCUUUAUUAAUUGCUAAUGAAAAUUAUGAUUGUUAUGAAAAAUUAAACAUUCCACGGAAAGAUGUUGCAAAACUUGGACAGUUACUUAAAGAAAUUGGAUUUCAAGUGAUUUGUUUGUUAAAUUUAACAAUUCAACAAAUGAAGAAUGCAAUUAAAAUUUUUAAAUCCUUUCUUUCAGAAGGCGUAUAUGGAUUGUUUUAUUUUGCUGGACAUGGGUUUAAAAUGCAAGAAUGUUACAUGCUUGCAGUAGAUGCACCAAAAACAGCUCUACGAAACGAUGCAGUAUGUGAGAGUGAAUUGCUGGCAACACUACUUCCAACAGACCCAGCAUUACUUGUUAUUAUUCUUGACAUGUGCCAGACGCUCCCUUCAAAACAAUUAAAUCCAUGUAUUUACGCUGAAAUUCCAAUAGUUAACGAAUAUAAAAGCAACAGUAAUUUGAGAAAUUUAAUACAAGCUUAUUCAACUUCUAGUUACUGCCCCAGUUAUGAACAUUCAAAAAAUGAAUAUGGAUUAUACGUAUUACAUCUUAUAAAAUACAUAACAAAAGAUCUACCCAUUCAAAAUGUUUUAGAAAAAACUGCCAAAUCCAUAGAUACUUGGUUCAAGGGAAAAGAAAGAAAUCAAAUACCUAUGUUUUCGUCGAAUAUCACUAGACCUUAUCGGCUUAUUGACGCUUUACAUAUAGAAAAAGGUAUUGACAUUCGAAAUAAAUUAACCAAUUGUAUGAAUUUUCCUACUCGAACAAUUGAUCUGAAUUUUGACCAUAGUAAAAUAAAAUGUCAAUUAAAAAUAAAUCAAACAAUGAAACCUUACUUGAACUGGAUAAAACUAAGUGUACUUAAUGUCAACGAAAAUUUAGUAUGUAAUUGUUAUAAUUCAUCGCCAGUGUUAAAAAAUAAUUUAUAUCAAAGUCUAGAAAAAAAUGUGUUUUACUUGCAAAAUCCACAAAUGAGUAGAGAUCCAUUAGUACUGUCUAUUGAAAAAGAUGGCCGAGUAAUUGAUGCAAUAAUGUUUCAAAUCGUAUCUUACAUUCCUCCUAUACUGUGUAUGUUAUAGGUUAAAAAUUUCAUUAUAUUAUCUUAAAUUUAUAUAUUUGUAUAUAUACAUAGAUAGGCAAAUAGACUAUUUAUCAAUAA